AUGGUCCAGCGAGACAUGUCGGGCGCCACGGAGAUGACGAUGGAGCAGAUGAUUGCCAUGAAGGAGGGCCUGGAGGCUCAGAUCCGUGCCAUGGGUCAGCCGGAGGACCCAAAAGCGUGUCCUACAGGCAAGUUCACACAAGCAGCUGGCUACAAGGCCGAUGUGGAGGAGGAACCCAGAAAGCUGGAAACUGGCCAGACGUACGAAGUUAUAGCGAAUUUCGUUGCGGUUCGGAAGCUUCCGUCGCUUGAGGCUCCCUUCGUUCGUCGUCUACAGAAAGGUGCCAAAGUAGAUAUGUUUGAGUGGGACAAGACCCGUCGAUGGCGGAGGGUCUGCAUCGAAGCACCCGUCGAUGCGGAGGUGAAGCCAAGAGCUCCGACCAUGACAGAGGCACAGAAGAGGUGGGCGACUGCCGAGCCGGUGUGGGAUUCGGCGAGUGGAAAAUGGGUGGAUGCCGCCCCAAAAAUAGAAGUCUUGGAUUCCGACUCGGACGUGGAGGAUGCGGUGGUGAGAAGAGAUGCAUGGAUCAUGGUUCACCAUCCAGAGAUGGGCCUUUUACUUCAAGCAGUACAACCUGGGGACGUACCGGAAACCCUGCUCGGCGAUCCUGGGGCGAACGAGCCGAAGCCUGUCAAGAGGCAGCAGGAACAACAGCUGCCUGGUCAAGCAGCAGUGCCUGCAGCCGGGGCGUUUGCGGUGGAGAAGGCACGCUUCGAUUUCUAUUGGGGCAACACUCCCAAUGCAUCGCCGCCGCCCUUGCAGAGUCAGCCAAUCGUUCAGAGUCAUGGACCACAGAUUCUACCAGCAGCACAUCAUGACGCAGCUUUGACCCCUGAAGUGCCGGCCGAACCGGCUCUCAUCGCUGCGGUGCGAAGUGGAGAUGAAGAGUCGGUUCGCGUGCUGCUGCAGACUGGUCACGAUCCCAACGUGGUGGAUGCUUUGGGUGAAACACCGCUGUUCGAAGCAGCCUCUGCAGCGAAUCUGCGAAUUGUAGCUGCACUGCUGCUGCAUGGGGCAGAUUCUUUGCACCGGACAGAGCAUGGUGCCGUUGCUGCAGACGUAGCAGAGGAUCCAGCAACACGAGCUUUGCUGAGACGAUGGGAUGGCCAGGACUCGGUUUCAAAGAGUGACCUCGUCCAAAUGUUGCGCAAGCUGACAGAAGCUGACGCCAAAUCCGUGGCCUCGCGGUUGAAAAUCGAGGUGAGCAUGGAGGAGCUGAAGGAGAGCCAACCAGAAACUCUGGCCCAAAUUGAUGCAGCGAGUCCUGGAGUUCGGUAUCGCGUCGUCUACAAGAAGGUGGCCGUCCGCAAGGAACCCAACACGAAAUCGCAAGCUUGGCGCCAGGUGCCGCAAGGUGAGAUCGUGGAGAUGUUUGAAUGGGACGACAGUCAUGCCUGGCGCCGUGUUCGAAUCCUUGCGAUCCGAGAAGCGGAAGAAGGCGGUGGUAUGCAGGAAGUGGACGGUUGGAUGUUGAUCGAGUCACCAAGUAUUGGAGUGCUGCUGCAAGAAGUCAGCGAAGGAGAUGAUUCCGACGACGACUUUGCUGGCUGA